CAGUGCAUUUACCCAGCCCUACUUUCUCAAACUGGAUCACCCCGACCUGCGCCGGCUCCAUGGUUGAUUCACAUGGAAAAAAAAAACCUCCACCGUGUGUGUUUCUACGUGAACUGUUAGAUAUCAAUCCUUAGAUAUUUCUUCAUGUAUUUUUCUUGAGAAGCAUUAACAAUUCUGCAUCCAUACUUCACAUCCUUUUGAAUACUCAUUCCGCAACGGCUAUAAUUAUACUUUCAAGUAUGCGAACCCAUCGGCUACUCGUUCAAAAUCCAACUCCGAGAAACUUCACAACCUUCAAAAGGAAAAAACUAACACAACACUCACUCUUUCACUCUCAUAGACCUCAUUCUUUAGCUUAUUGUCCAUCAAAUGACAGGGAAAUUGGUCUUCAACGUAUGCAAUUCCGAGAAGUCUGCAGUUCUACUACAAGCCAAGAACCGUUUUCAUCAGCUUCUCUGUCAGAUUCUCUUUUGGUGGAGAAGAUUUUACUGGGUCUGAAGCAAGGUAAUCUCAAUUCUUUGCGCAGUUAUCUGUUUCGAUUAAACCCAUUGCUUGUUGUUGAGGUUCUUAAUCGCUGCCGCGAAAAUUUGCAACUGGGUCUGAAAUUUAUUGAUUUAAUUGUGUUAAAUAGUCCGAAUUUUAAGCAUUCGUCGCAGUCUUUGAGUGCAAUGAUUCACAUGUUGGUGCGGGGUCGAAGGGUGUCGGAUGCACAAGCUUUGAUUCUUAGAAUGGUUAGGAAGAGUGGUGUUUCGCGUGUUGAAGUAGUUGACUCUUUGGUUUCAACUUAUAGCAAUUGUGUCUCAAGUUCUUUGGUCUUUGAUUUGUUGGUCAGAACUUAUGUGCAGGCUAGGAAGUUGAGAGAAGGGUUCGAGGUGUUUCAGCUGUUUAGAAGCAAGGGAUUUUGUGUUUCGAUAAAUGCUUGUAAUAGUCUUCUUGGUGGGCUUGUGAAGGUUGGGUGGGUUGAUUUGGCAUGGCAGGUAUAUGGGGAAGUUGUUAGCAGUGGGAUUCAGUUAAAUGUUUAUACACUAAAUAUUAUGGUUAAUGCCUUAUGUAAAGAUCGCAAAAUUGAUAGUGUUAAAUCGUUCUUAUCAGACAUGGAAGAGAAAGGGGUUUUUUCAGAUAUUGUGACAUAUAAUACACUAAUCAACGCAUAUUGUCGGGAAGGGCUUUUAGAAGAAGCUUUUCAGUUAAAGAACUCUAUGUCUUGUAAAGGGUUGAGACCUGAGGUUUUCACGUACAAUGCUAUCGUAAAUGGUUUAUGUAAAGUAGGAAAUUAUGCAAGAGCGAAGGAAAUUUUGUAUGAGAUGUUGAACAAUGGAUUGAGUCCUGACACUACUACGUAUAAUACAUUGCUUGUUGAGAGCUGUAGAAAAGAUGAUAUUUCAGAGGCUGAGGGAAUUUUCAACGAAAUGUCAUGUAGAGGUGUUAUUCCUGAUUUAGUUAGCUUCAGUUCACUUAUUGGGGUUUUUUCGAGGAAUGGACAUAUUGAUCAUGCUUUAGUAUAUUUCCAAGAUAUGAAAAAGGCAGGCUGGGUUCCAGAUAAUGUGAUCUAUACUAUCCUUAUACAUGGAUAUUGCAGAAAUGGAAUGAUGUUAGAAGCUUUGAAGUUGCGGGAUGAAAUGCUUGAGCAAGGUUGUGUUAUGGAUGUGGUCACGUUCAAUACUAUUUUAAAUGGGCUGUGUCGGGAGAAGAUGCUUUCUGAUGCAGAUGAGCUCUUCAAUGAGAUGGUGGAAAGGGGUGUCUUUCCUGAUUUUUAUACUUUCACAACACUCAUUCAUGGAUAUUCUAAGCACGGGAAUAUGACCAAAUCCCUAAAUCUGUUUGAGGCGAUGACUAAAAGAAAUAUCAAGCCUGACAUUGUCACAUACAACACAUUAAUCGAUGGCUUCUGCAAAGUAGGUGAAAUGGAUAAAGCUAAGGAGUUAUGGGCUGACAUGGUUUCUAGAAGGAUAUUACCCAAUUACAUUUCAUAUGGCAUUCUAAUCAAUGGAUUUUGUAGCACGGGACAUGUGCAUGAGGUGUUUAGGUUGUGGGACCAGAUGAUUGAAGAAGGUAUCAAACCUACACUAGUUACUUGUAACACUGUCAUUAAAGGCUAUUGCCGCUCUGGCAACACAACAAAGGCAGAUGAGUUCUUAGGCAAAAUGGUUUCAAAAGGAAUUGUUCCUGAUAGUAUUACUUACAACACUCUGAUUAAUGGAUAUGUAAAAGAAGAGAAUCUGGACAAAGCUUUUUUUGUCAUUAAGGAGAUGGAAAACCAAGGAAUAUUGCCAGAUCUGUUUACGUACAAUAUAAUUCUAAAUGGGUUCAGUAGACAAGGUAGAAUGCACGAAGCUGAGCUAGUAUUGCGGAAGAUGAUUGAGAGAGGUGUAAAACCUGAUAGAGACACUUAUACGUCAUUGAUAAAUGGACAUGUGACCCAGGACAAUUUGAGGGAGGCAUUUCGGUUCCAUGAUGAAAUGCUGCAAAGGGGAUUUGUGCCAGAUGAUGAAUUCUAGUUUGUGUUUUUGCUCUUGCAACUGAAGAAAUAUGCAAUGCAACAUGCUUUUGAGACUUUGAUGGGCCAAAUGAAUUCACGAAAUAACCUGUUCAACAAUGCUGCAUUAUCUCCUGGAUCACCUUUUCCAUUUUUAUCAGCUCCAGCCUCAGGGUCUUCCACCUCACCCUUUCCAGCUGCUCCUCUACCUUCUGUGACAGUAGAUGUAUCUGCAAGCAGAGUAGAUGCAAGCAUCAGCUGCACCAGCCACAAUAGCUACACCUGCCACUAAUGUCAAAAAUGAAAAAGAAGUAGAAAAAACGGAACAGUUUUGGUAAUCAAGAAUCACUCUUACCAUAGUCUCUACUUUAUAUUGCAUAAGAAUUCUUCGUGGCUUAAUAUUUUUCUAUGAACUUUGUGUGUAUAGCUCAAUAGCAAUUUGUAUGUGCCCUAGAAGUUUUUAGUCUGAUAAUGAAUUUAUGCACUUUUAUGUCUAUCAUUUUUUUCCUUUACUUUUUUAAUAAAUAGUUUUACUUGGGCUUCUAAUUCAUGAUAUAUAUUUUUUCAAUGUUAAAAAAUAUUGGUUAAAUAAUUAGAAUGAUUGAAUUUUAUCUGAAGGGGGAAAUUUAAAUUUUGAGUUCCCUGAACGGUCUUAAAACAGUGAAUCCACUUCUAGAGUGACCAUACAUUCUUGAAAACUUUGUUCUAAAUACAUGUGGAUACUCUAAAGUAUCACUUUUUGCUGGCUGCAAGAACAGGAUGAGCGAAAUCUGGGUCUGAGCUCUCUAAAUCUGUAAUACCAUAUCAUAUGCUGAGGCUUUUUGAGACCCCCUGUGAGAAAGUAACGUAGUAUUUUGUUUUGACCGUUACAUGAAUUCAUUAUUAAGAAAUUGUGACCUCACUAGUCCAUCUAUAGAAAAUAUAUACAUAAAGUUAAUUGAACCACAACAAGCAGACACCGAAUGAUGGGAAAAACCACUCAGUUUAUACCAGAUAGUCGCUAAUGCUUCCAAUUUAUUAAAUCAUCCACGUCGAGAUUGCUUAA